ACAGAGACAGGCACAGCGGUCCACGCUUCUCCCGUCCAUUUCCACACCAGGCCAGCGACCCGCCGUCGCGGAGAUCGCUCGCUCCCUCCCUUGCUGUCCGCGCCGGCGCCGGCGCCGGCGGCCAGGAAACCCCUCCCUUCGCCCCCGAGAGACGCCCGGCUCAGGAAUUUUUGGUUGAUUUAAGAUGGAUAGGGCUAGGAAUUUUAUACCUGGCCCUAAUCAGGAGCUUCUGGAUAUCAAGCCAAUAAGGUCCUUAGCUCCAAUGUUCCCUGCACCCAUGGGAGUCAACAUUAACCAGUCAAGCACCCCACCUUUGGUCUGUGUGACUCCGGUUGGCCAGUUUCCUACAGGAUUUGGUGGUGGAAACCUUCCUGCCUUUGGGUCAUUCGCCACCUUCAAUGCUACUGUGAAUGGUUUUUCGCAAGCAGGCACAAGUGCUAAUGGGGCCAUUGAUGCUACUCCUAUCUCAGCAUACAAGACGAGAUCAUCUGGGCUUAAUGGUGAUGGUGAACCUUAUUCAGGUAAUCAGACUUCGGCAUCCGGACGCAAGGCUAAGAAGAGGUCUGGUUUCGCUGCUGAUGGCUCAGAUGGAGUUAAGGCCAAACGCCCUAAGCCUGUCUACAAGAAUCUUGUUGCUGGCAAGGAGCUUGCUUUCUUGCCACCACAAAGUAAUCCUAGGGAGAUUGUGGAAGCAGUUCAUAUGACCUUUGAGGCACUCAGACGUAGACAUCUUCAGAUGGAUGAAACACAGGAUGCAAGCAGACGUGCAGACCUGAAAGCUGGUGCCAUCAUGAUGGCCAGUAAUAUCAGGGCCAAUGUGGGGAAGAGGGUAGGGACUGCUCCUGGAGUUGAAAUAGGGGAUAUUUUCUAUUUCAGGAUGGAGCUAUGCAUCAUUGGGCUGCAUGCUCCUAGCAUGGGUGGCAUUGAUUACAUGAGUGCUAAAUUUGGAGCUGACGAGGAUUCUGUAGCAAUAUGUAUUGUCGCGGCAGGUGGUUAUGAGAACGAAGAUGAUGACACAGAUACACUGGUGUACAGUGGUUCAGGGGGCAACAGUAGGAAUACCGAGGAGAGGCAUGACCAGAAGCUUGAGAGGGGCAACCUUGCCCUUGAGAGGAGUACGCACAGGAAGAAUGAGAUAAGGGUUGUGAGGGGAUUCAAAGAUCCAGCUAUGGUAGCUGGCAAAAUCUACAUAUAUGAUGGCCUUUAUAAGAUCCAAGAGUCCUGGAAGGAGAAAACAAAAUUUGGCAUCAAUUGCUUCAAGUACAGGUUGCACCGUGAACCUGGACAGCGUGAUGGAGCUGCAAUCUGGAAGAUGACUCAGCGAUGGAUACAAGAUCCAUCAACAAGAGGCAGGGUUGUACUACGUGACCUAUCAUCUGGGACUGAAUCGAUACCAGUGUGUCUCGUCAAUGAGGUUGACCAUGAGAAAGGACCUGGGCAGUUCACCUAUACUAAUCAGGUCAAAUACUUGAGACCGCUCAGUUCCAUGGCACCCAUGCAGGGUUGUGGUUGCCAGAGUGUUUGCCUACCUGGUGAUGCUAACUGCGCUUGUGGGCAACAUAACGGAGGUGAUCUACCGUACAGCUCAUCAGGAGUGUUGGUGUGCCGCAAGCCUGUAAUAUAUGAAUGUGGUGAAGCUUGCCAUUGUACCCUGAAUUGUCGGAACAGAGUGAGCCAAAAAGGGAUCAGGUUCCACUUUGAGGUCUUUAGGACGGUAAAUCGAGGCUGGGGUCUUCGCUGUUGGGAGCCUAUUCGUGCUGGUGCAUUUAUUUGUGAGUAUGUUGGGGAGGUCAUCGAUGAGCUUAAAGUUAACUUGGAUGACAGUGAAGAUGAUUACAUUUUUCAGACUGUGUGCCCUGGUGAGAAGACGCUGAAAUGGAAUUUUGGGCCUGAACUGAUAGGCGAGCAAAGCACGUACGUAUCAGCUGAGGAAUUUCAGCCAUUGCCCAUCAAGAUAAGUGCAAAAAAGAUGGGAAAUGUCUCACGUUUCAUGAACCACAGUUGCUCCCCAAACGUCUUCUGGCAGCCAGUGCAGUACAACCAUGGAGACGACAAGCACCCACACAUAAUGUUUUUCGCACUUAAUCACAUCGCUCCCAUGACAGAGUUAACCUAUGACUAUGGUGUGGUUGGAGAAGAGACCAGUCAGAGAGCAAAGACCUGCCUGUGUGGAUCAUUAACCUGUCGUGGGUUAUUUUGAUGUACAUUGUGGUGGAUCAACAUGCAAGCCAAUAAGCUAGUUGAUUGUUCAUGUUGCAGAUGUUUCUGUCGCCACCUAGAUUGUACCUAUGUCGUCACAUUGGUUUCUGCGAAGAUGGCGUCAUUUCUGGAGUGAGAAGACAGUAAAUUAUCUUGGAGCUGAGAUCAUUGCCGUGUUAUUGCCUCGCCAUUUGUUCAGAUACUUCUGGAUGAUUGCGUGUAUUGAUGUAUGUACUGCUGCAAAUCUGUCUUGUCUUCCUUUUUUCGCCAACCAUUUGCAACCAUAUGUGUAGUAGGCUAGCGUCAGUUUUAACUGGAUUGGACCUCUGGCUGUUAGCUGAUUGUGACUCGUGGGAUUCGGUGCUCGCUGUUAAAACAUGUCGCUUGGUUGUA